CUGAAAGAGUCGCUGAACACUACAAAACACGUCAAGACCGACAUUUGCGCGUCGCCCGUUAAGUUGAUCGCAUUCAAUCGCUCACUGUCCACAACAAUCAGUUCUUGUCGCAAACCAUCGCAGUUUAUCGACCGAACCUUAUACAAUUGGACCAAACAGCGCCGCCAAUAUGAGUCCCCCAGGUGGCGAUGCCACUGUCGGCUCCGACGAGAAGCGACAGAAGGGUAAGGCGACGCCCGACACCAUCAAAAUGGGAUGUAUCGCCAUGGUAAUGAAAGAAGGCCAACUACGACGAGCAGAAAUCCUCAGUAUCAAAGACACCAAAUCCGGCCGGCAAUUCUACUGCAACUUUGACAACUUCAACAAGCGUCUCGACGAAUGGGUGCCGGCCGCCAGAAUCGAUUUUGAGCAGGACGUCGAGUGGCCCAACCCGGACAAGGACAAGCAGAAGGACGCCAAGACCAAGAAGAACAACUCGACAGUAUCCAAGAAACAGCCGUCCAAGAAGAACAACCAGAAGAAGGCCAGCAAGAGGGAGCAGUCAGUCGCAUCGGACGGGCAGACACCACACCCAUGGACCGAGUUUGUCGAUAGCCAGCCAGGGAAGAAUAACAGGCAACGGGGGAAGACGGAAGAUGGAACCGACGUCAACGCCAGUUUGGAGGUUGGUGGGGACAAGGGAGUCAAGAGGAAGGCCGACGAGAUCGAUAUGGAUGAGGACGAAAUACCAGCCGCUAAGAAACAACGCCAACCGUCUUUUUCCAGGGAACAAGAGAUUGAGAAGCUGCGAACAUCUGGCUCCAUGACCCAGAACCCCACGGAAAUCUCGCGCAUUCGAAACAUCUCCAAGGUGGAAUUCGGCCGCUACGUCCUCUUCCCGUGGUACUUCUCCCCCUACCCGCAGAUCUUUGACCAAGAAGACUGCAUCUACAUCUGCGAGUUCUGUCUUUCGUACUACGGCGAGUUGAAAUCCUUUGUGCGUCACCGACAAAAGUGCACUUUACACCACCCGCCCGGAAACGAAAUCUAUCGGGACGACUACGUCUCCUUCUUCGAGAUCGACGGACGACGUCAGCGCACCUGGUGUCGCAACCUCUGCUUGCUGUCCAAGAUGUUUCUCGACCACAAAACCCUUUACUACGACGUCGACCCGUUCUUGUUCUACGUCAUGACCACCCGCGACGACCGGGGGUGCCAUAUCAUCGGGUACUUCUCCAAAGAGAAAGAGUCUACAGACGGGUACAACGUCGCCUGUAUCUUGACCCUCCCGCAGUACCAACGCAAGGGAUACGGUCGCCUGCUCAUCCAGUUCUCGUACGAACUGUCCAAAAUCGAAGGCAAGCUCGGCUCGCCCGAGAAGCCCCUGUCCGAUCUGGGUCUGCUGUCAUAUAGACAGUACUGGUCCGAGAACAUUAUCGACAUCCUGCUCGGGUACAACGAGCGAAAGGAAGCUUGCACGAUUGAGAACAUUGCUGUUGCCCUGGCCAUGACGACGCAGGACGUGGAGCAUACGUUGCAGGCGCUCAAGAUGCAGGUGUACCACAAGGGCGAGCACAAGAUUGUGGUGCCGGAGAAGCUGAUCAAGCAGAGGGAGAAGAGCAAGGCGAAGCAAAAGAGGUUGAUUGAUCCCGAGAGGAUCCAGUGGAAGCCGCCGGUCUUCACGGCGCUCAAUCGGACGUGGGGGUGGUAGUUGCGCUCGCCUCCCAAAUAUUAAUGAUACACCAAGACGACACACUCGUGACACCACCACACAGAUUCAUGACCCAAUAAAAAUACGAAACUAUCAGCAUUGCGCCAACCAAAGAAGAUCAAUAUCUGGAUCGACUAGAUAUUGGAAAUCCUGCAGUAGUGUAUGGAAACA